CGCUACGACGUUUCGCGCCGUCGACAUUGAACAGGUCAUGAGUUCGUAUUAGAGUUUUCAAUUGCAUCGUGUAACUGCAGCCUGUUGACACAAAAGAAAAAGGUGAGAUAGAUAUAUGUUAAAGAAUUUACCCGGAUGCUGAUAAUUGAGAAAAAUCCCUCAUUUGAAAUGUCGACUCUAAUAAUGUGUUUGUCAGACGUGUAGUUCUCUGCCGUAUCACUUAAUCGAAUGGGAAUACCGAGAAUUUCAAAAGGUCAUGUUAACAGGAUUGAUCGAUGGAGCGUUCUCCUGCUGCGAUAGUAACUACUCCACAGAGAGAUACGAGCCAUUUGGAGAUGACGAGGAGGCUAUUAGAAAGGAACUCCUUCACAUAGAAUGGGCCGUGCACAGAAUAGCCACCCCAGCCAUUUUGACUUUUGGACUCCUGGGAAAUAUUUUGACUUUGGCUGCUUUAUCAGGACCGUCAUUCCGCGGAGUGACGUAUUUAUAUCUGACGGGCUUGGCUGUAGCUGAUAUAGGUGUCCUAAUCUCCUGGAUACCAGUCGCCAUCAGACUAGGAUAUGGGAUGAAUAAAUUCUAUCUAGCCGCACUUUAUCACGCUCACAUAGAGCUCGUUCUUCUGCAUACUUUCAUGGCUGCCAGCAUUUUCAUAAUGGCUUCACUUACCGUGGACCGAUACGUCUCAGUCUUCUUUCCAGCACGUUUGAGAUCUGGAAAUAUACGGCGCAAUGCUAAUUCACUGAUCAUUGCAUCUUUCAUGCUUGGUUUCAUGAUCAGUAUACCGCUUGGAGGUAUGAGACUCGUAUACGAGCAGCAGGAUGGUCCUGAUUUAGUAUUUAUAUUACAAGAGAAUACCUCUAUCACUCGCAAUGAAUUAUGGACAGCUUAUCUAUGGGGAUUAGAGAGUCUUGUACGGAUUGGACCAUCUCUAGUCUUUGUCUUUCUUAAUACAUUGGUCAUCAAAAGAUUUCUUCAACUCACUGCCAAACGACGUAGGUUCCAUGCAGUGUCUGAUAAAUAUAGAGCGACACACGUUGCGGAAACAUCAUCCCUGAUGCGGAAUCGUGGAUACAGUUCGUUUUACAGGGAGGAGCAGCAGUUGGUCAUUCUAUUAUCUGCCAUAGUUAUUUUCUUCUUUUUAACCACUACUCCGGCUAUAUGUGUCACUUUGAUAUAUCCAAUAAAAUUAGAAAAGGAUUUGAAUUACCAACGGAUGCGGGCUAUCGUUAAUUUGGUGGAAAUCAGUAACUUUGCACUAAAAUUCCUUCUUUAUUUUGCGUGCAGUACUGAUUUUCGUAGUGCUGCACUUCGUACUUUCCAGGGACGAUGCAAGGAGGAAGUACGGGAUAUGUCUCAGGAACCUCCUGUGGGUGAAAUUGAGGACUUUAGUCGACAUGGAACAACCUUUCGAAUGUCUCCUGAACAUACCAAACUGAAUUCUCCAGGAUCACCGUCGAAGUUGAAUGAGGAGAAGGAAUUACAGUAAUCCUAAGUUGGAUAUUGCAGUGAAAAUUGUGUAUACUUAUGUUUAUGGAAAUAUGUAUAUU